UUUUUUUUUGCUUUGUCGGGGAUGCUUUUAGUCCAAUUUAUUUUAGUUGCAUUUAUAAUUUCCCUUCUCGUGUUCGCAUUUAAUGAUAUAUAUAUUUUUGUGCACUUAACCACAAUAAAAAACUAAAAAAUAUCCCUUCUUUUCAAUUUAUACCUAAAAUGACGUAGAGAGAUAACGAGAGAAGCUUGAAAUAAAAAAUUAACAGGAGGUUGACAAGCUUAAAAGAAGUGAUGAGAUUGGGACUCAAAAAAGUGACAGAUCAGAUUUCCUUUUAUCUUUAGCUUUUUUAUCCUUUUAUUUUUUACUAACUUCUUAUUUUUGUCCAUUGAUCAAUUUUUUGUUUUGAUUGACUUUUUAACUAUUUACUAGCUAAAAACACUCAUAAAUAUUUACUGCCAUUGAUCUUUUCUUAUUAACUGACAAAUAAAUUGACCACUUUCCUUUGAGAACAAAAAAAGUUUCAAAAAUUCAUCAAGAAUGGGCUGUGGCCCUUCAACAAGCAAAAAUACUGCAGCGACAGUAGCUUCAAAUCAAUUCCCUGCCACUGUAAAUAUUCGAGUAUUUGGACAGCCAAUAUCUCCAUCUCCACAACAUUUUAAAAAACCGGCAAGUGGCGGUACAACUCCUCGCCCCAGUGGAUCAAGUGGAAAAGACGUCCCCUCAAUUGUGCCUAAUGAAUUGUGUAAGUCAACUUCUGAAAGAUCUCUCAAUAUUGGGGGUUUGGUUGUUAAUGAAAGGGAAGAAGGAAGUAAUAUAUUAAGUAGUAGAGAGGUUAGUAGUCAUCGUCAUCUCAGAAAGAGUCAUUCUUCACGCCAGCAUCGACGUGUUGGCAGCACUGGUUCUCAUUUAGCGCCUAGUAAAUCCUUCGAGACAGCUUUACAUCCAGAAACAUCCAGAAAUAUUGAAAUUUCAAAAGAAGAAAAUGAAACAAAAUCUCGUGUUGAAGAGAUUGGUAAUUGGCAGAUGUCCAAUAAAAGUGACCUCCGACUGGAAAACCGUACACCCAGUAAUUCUUUAUUGGGUGUUGGAGAAACUCAAGGAAGCGGCUUCUUUACUUCAUGGCUUCAACCUCCUGGUUCUGUACCUUCCACAACCAAUACACCAAUCCAAUCUCCCUUUGCUUCUGCUCCUAACAGUCCGAACAGUCAAAAAGAUGGGAUAAGCAGCAGCCGAAGGCCGUCUCCAAGGGCUCCGUACAUGCCAAUUUCUUUUAGCGAACAAAAUCAGCGACAUUCAUCCCCAAGAAUUGAACCUCACAGUGAAAGAAUUAUUCGAGAUGAACAACUAAAACAACAAAAAACAUCAAUUGGGAGUGACAGCAAUAUUCGGCAUUCGAGUGUUCCUACCCCAAGAGAAUUCUCUUCAUCACCGCUCUAUCGCUUUAGGCAAAAACAGAAGCCUAAAACACCACAAAUGUCAAUACGAUCAGCAAUUCUCAUCCAAAAAUGGUAUCGACGUUGCUUGGCUCGUUUAGAAUCAAGAAGAAGGGCAACAUGGAAUAUAUUUACAGCUUUAGAGUAUGCGGGAGAACAAGAUCAAUUGAAGGCAGUUGUACAACUUUUUCAACGAAAUAAUUACUGCAAUGUUAGAAAAGGACGAUUUAAAUGGCCGAAACGAAAUUUGCCAAGUCAUUACCAUUUUGUCGGGACACUUCUUUCAGCACUUACAAGGCACGCCUUCAAUGCGGAUGAAACAGAAAAAGACAAUAAAUUAUGGGAGAGUACCAAUCCAGAAUUGUUUCGCAUUGACAAAUCUUAUAAAGGCCCAGUAAUUUCCUUACCAAUUAGAACAGCACAUGUUGAGGCAAUGAUUGAACAUUUUAAAUUAAAUAAGGCAAAAGAAUUUUUUGAAUUUUUUAAAAAUUAAUUUUUAGAUUUUGCCUGCUCGUUAUUUGUUAAUUAUUUUACAUGAAUCUAGGAAGGUGCUAA